AUGGCCACUAUAACAACGACAGAAGUCACUCCUCCAACAAGAGACAGCAGUGUGGCCGAGCCAGACGUUGAACUUCAGCCCACACAAGCUCGAACAUGCUCUCCGUUCGUAGACUUCGUCGAGAGCGAAUCUACGCAGCAGGUCGAGCCCGAAUACCCAACGGGUAGCAAAUUCUGGAUUACAUAUCUCGCAACAUGUAUGGUCCUUGUCCUCGGUGGUCUGGAUGCAAAUAUCGUCGCCACAGCUGUGCCCAGCAUUACCGAUCAUUUUAAUACUGUGGCCGAUGUAGGAUGGUACUCUUCUGCAUUCCGGCUAUGUAGCUGUGCGUUGCAGUUUGCCUUUGCGAAGAUUUACACCCUCUUCCCCAGCAAAUCAGUCUUCCUCGUAAGCAAUGCAAUCUUCCUGAUUGGGUCUUUAGUGUGUGCCGCUGCCACGUCGUCUCCCAUGUUUGUUGCCGGCAGAGCGAUCAAUGGUGUUGCAUUUGCUGGCCAGCUUUCUGGCUGCUUUGCUAUCUUGGUAGAGAUCCUACCACUGCAGAAACGUCCGGUCUUUGCGGGUUCAGGGGCGUGCGUGGAGUCGUUGGCAAUUAUUGCAGCGCCCAURGUGGGCGGUGCAUUGACGCAGUCUCUAGGGUGGAGGUGGUGCUUUUGGAUCAAUCUUCCCCUCGGCGCUAUGUCACUAGCCGUGAUAUUCUUCGUCUUCCCGACCUCGCCAGCACGUCCUGCACACCGGCUCAGCUUUAAGGAGAAGCUCAGGCAGCUAGAUCUUCUCAGCACCUGUCUGUGUAUUCCAUCACWCACAGCCUUGUUCCUGGCACUUUCCUGGGCGGGGACCAAAUAUCCUUGGUCCGAUGCCCGGGUUAUCGUCCUGUUCGUUGUCUUUGGUGUACUGAUGGCUGCGUUUUUGUUCCAACAGCACAGGCGGGAAGAUCAGGCUAUCCUUCCAUUCCGCAUACUCAGGAAUCGGAAUGUCAUUGCAGGUUUCAUCUUCACAWCAUUCACAAACUCAUUGACGAAUGUCCUCGAGUAUUAUCUUCCAACUUAUUACCAAGUUGUUCGGUCUCGCACACCGAGUGAGAGUGGCUACCUGAUGAUACCAAUCCUCUUCGGAAUGAUGCUCGGAUUGUUCAUACAAGGAAUCGGUACUUCCGCUUUCGGCUACUACAAGCCCUUCAUGAUACUAGGAUCCAUAUGCAUGCCCAUCGCAGCCGGCUUAAUGACAACUUUUGAUCUGCACACCACUCUAACCAAGAUCGUCCUCUUCUCGGGGUUUGUUGGCUUCGGCGGCGGCAUCGGGUUCCAGGGUUCAAUUGCAGCCGUGCAGACAACACUCAGUCCUGAGGACGUGAAUCUUGGAACUGGCGUUAUAUUAUUCGGACAGAAUGUUGGGCCGGCGGUUUUCAUCGCCGUUGUCCAUGUCAUUCUCACUAACCGACUGCUAUCAAGUCUACAAGGCAUUGUCCCAGGCUUGACUCCUGAAUUCCUCGAAGAGAAUGGACUCGGCAAUCUAAAGAGAGGAGUGCCAAUGGAACGAUGGGAUGAACUGUUUGCUAGGAUUAGCGACAGCUUGACUACCACCUGGUAUCUGCCAGUCGCACUAGGCUGCUCGACGAUUGUAGGGAGCUUGCUGGUUGAAUGGCGUUCGGUCAAACAGAAAAGGUCAUGA